GAGAGAGAGAGAGAGAGAGCCGAGGAUAGUGACUAUUUAGCCAGAGACGUUACGAGCCGGCCGUCGCUAGUGUGGACGAGUCUCGAGGCAGGAUCGCCCCGGCGACCCUCACUCCCGCCGAGAGUUCCGAACGCAACCCCAGCUGGAGGAGACUGCGAGCUGGGCCAGGCACAGCGAGACCUGCCACCAUGAGGAUCAAAAUGCCAGCUGUUAGAAUUGCCCAAGCGGAAACAUCGCAGAACGCGACGCCGCCCGACAUCGUCGUUUGCGGCGGCUGCAGGGCCUCCUAUCCCCUCGGGGACAUCGUGCGGUUCAUCGAGCACAAGGUGAACCACUGCCGGAGCAGCCUGCAAGGCUGCCAGAGCCCAUCGCCAACGGCCGCUCCCGAGGACUCCGACCCGGAGGACGCGCUAGCGCUCAAGGCCGCGGCCGAGAGCGAGAAGCUUAACUCGGUGCCGAGCAUAUCGGCCCCCAUUACCAAGAGGACGGGCCGCGUCGAGAGCCCGCCCACGCCCCAGGGUACCUCAGCCGCCGAUGCAGUGAGCCCGAUCGAGCUCAGGGCGAGCGCGAGCUCGACGCCCAAAAGGCGGACGACCGAGGGCCCCGAGGAUCCUCUCGACAAAGAGGAAGCACCCAAGAAGGCCAAGACCGAGUCCGUCGACGCCGACACCAAUACCGUUAGCACAGAACCAAAGUGGCUCCAGUGCUCCCAGUGCUCGCGGCGCCUGCCCUCCGCCUGGGAGAUGCUUCAGCACGCCCAAAGCGUACACGGGGCGCGACUGUACUCGGCCAACGCCACCUCGGCCAGCUCGUCGUCCAACACGCCGGCGCCAAGCCCGCCGACGCCGACGCCGACGCCUACGCAUCAGCACCAGCACCACCUGAGCCCGCUCAACCAGCUGAACCUCAGCGGCAAGUCGAGCGGCUCCUCGGUGGCCAACUCCUCGGGCGGCACAUCGAGCGGCAGCGGCGGCAGCACUGGCCGCCAGCAGCUCCAGUCGUCCGGGCCCCUCGUCGGCGACCCCCUCCACAGUUUCCUUCGGCUGCCCCAGCACCUCGAGCGUGGCUUCGCACCCAUGUUCAGGCCGGAGUUUCUCGCCCUUAAUCCCCUCGCGGGCUACCGCGGCCUCCAGGACCUGCAAACGGCCACGCGCAACCUCCAGAAUCUGGGCGAUCCGUUGCGCGCGAUCGACGGUCUCAGCCUCGGCGACCCCCUCGUGCGCAGUUCCCUCGACAGCCUCAACAACGCGAGAAACCUCGCGAACCUCGCCGAACUAUCGCACGGCCGCGGCCUCUCGGCCCAGGGCCACCCACCACAACUCGACGCCAACCUGGAUUUUUACUCGGCGCGCCUAAGGAGCCUCGCUAACCCGUCCUUAGGCGCGGCUCCUCCCACGACAAACCCCCACGGCGCAGCACCCGUCGGCGGCCAGCCGACCCACGGCGUCGAUACGCCGACCCCCGCGGCACCCGCGGGGGCCGGCCCUAAUGGCAACACGGCCAUCGUUAACCAGACCCAGAAGGAAAGCUCACCACCGUGCUUCGGCCAGAGCCCCCCGGGUCACCACAACAACAACAACUCCACGGACAGCGAGAAGACGGCACCGGCGAUCGCGGGACCCGAGGGCGCCGAGACCGUCUACAGCUGCGAACUAUGCGACAAGAAGUUCCGCUUCCAGUCUAAUCUGGUCGUGCACCGGAAGAACCACCGGGAGCGGGAUUCCGCUCCCGAGGUGGCGCGCUGCGAGCUCUGCGAGCUCGAUCUCGGCAGCCUCGCCGAGCUGCGCAGGCAUCUGCGCAAGGAGCAUCAGCAGCAGGCCCACCAUCUGCUCACGGGCGCCCAGAGUCCCCAGGGCAGCGUCGAGACGGUCCCCGACGACGACAGCAGCUGCGACGAUACGAUGGACCUCGACGAGGCCGAGGAGACCGACGAGGCCAAGAGGGAUCGCGACGAGGCCGAGGAGAACACGCCGGAGGACCUGUCGACGAGCCAGCCGCAGCUGGGCGACGACGAGCCCGGGAUGGGUGUCGGCGCCAAGCCCUCCCUCGUCGGCGACCUCAUGGAGAAGUUCGGCCUCGGCAAUAUCGCCCAGUACUCCGAGGCCUAUCGGCAAGCUCUCCAAGAGAACCACCGGAGCGGCUUCAUCAAGGCCGAGUCGACGGCGAGCCUCGCCAACUCUCUCAACAACAACAAGGAGAAGAAUAGCGGACUGUCGCCCGGCGGCUUCGGCACGACCAACGCGGCCAACAUGUUCUCGGGGCAGGGGUUCCCGAGAGCCGGCGGCCCGGACUUUGGCGGCCUCUGGCUACCGAGCCCCCACUACCUCGAGGGUAGCGAGUUCAGGAAGGCCAGCAAAGCCGCGAGCUCCGGCCUCGCCCUCCAAGGCCUACCGAGCCCCCUCCUUAAGAAGGAGCGCAGCGGACGUAACGACACCUGCGAGUACUGCGGCAAGGUCUUCAAGAACUGCUCGAACCUCACGGUCCACAGGCGCUCCCACACCGGCGAGAAACCCUACAAGUGCGAGCUCUGCUCCUACGCAUGCGCCCAGAGCUCCAAGCUAACGAGGCACAUGAAGACUCACGGGAGGCACGGCAAGGACACGUACAAGUGCCGCUUCUGCGAGAUGCCGUUCUCGGUGCCGAGCACCCUCGAGAAGCACAUGCGCAAGUGCGUCGUCGUCGUCCAGCAGGGCCCGAAGCUUGGACUACCCUACCCCGGCAGCCAGGACGAGGACUCAUCCGUCAGCGGGAAGGACACUUGAUCGUGGACCUCGGGGAGCCUGGCGGGCGUCCCGGCGCUCUGGCCCCACCGGCCGCCCUCUUACCCGGUCUAUUGACGUAGCCGGGUGCCGAGGCUCGACCUGGGCCCGAGGCCGGGGCCCCGUCCCGGCUAUACCUACAAUCCGAUUGCCAGUGCCAGAGUCAAGGGCCACUAUCGCCCUUAGAUAGACCCGUCCGGACGAACCCUCGCCCUCGGGACUCCUACCGCCGACUUAUAACGUCAACUUAUCCACCUCGCUAUCAACAUCCGCGCGUCU